AUGCACCCGACUACACUCAUCUUAAGCUCAUCCCUUUUAAUAAUCUUCGCACUUCUAAUUUAUCCUCUUAUCACCACCCUCACCCCGACCCUUCAGCACGAAAACUGAGCCCUUACUCACGUAAAAACCGCUAUCAAGAUGGCCUUCCUAGUAAGCCUACUCCCCCUUUUUAUCUUCCUAGACCAAGGAACCGAAACUAUCGUCACUAACUGACAAUGAAUAAACACCACAACCUUUGACAUCAAUCUCAGCUUUAAAUUUGACCACUACUCCAUUAUUUUUACCCCAAUUGCCCUGUACGUAACAUGAUCUAUUCUAGAAUUCGCAUCCUGAUAUAUACAUGCCGACCCCAACAUAAACCGGUUCUUUAAAUACCUCCUCCUAUUCCUGAUUGCCAUAGUUAUUUUAGUAACCGCCAACAAUAUAUUCCAACUAUUUAUCGGCUGAGAAGGAGUAGGGAUUAUAUCAUUCCUUCUCAUCGGAUGAUGACACGGCCGGGCUGACGCUAACACAGCUGCUAUACAAGCCGUAAUCUAUAACCGAGUAGGAGACAUUGGACUUAUCCUAAGUAUAGCCUGGUUCGCAACAAACCUAAACUCCUGAGAAAUUCAACAAAUAUUUGCUUCUUCAAAAGAACUAGACCUCACACUCCCUCUUAUGGGCCUCAUUCUAGCCGCCACCGGCAAAUCAGCGCAAUUUGGACUUCACCCGUGACUUCCUUCCGCGAUAGAAGGUCCUACGCCGGUAUCUGCCCUACUACACUCCAGCACCAUAGUAGUGGCGGGCAUCUUCCUGUUAAUUCGACUCCACCCUCUAAUAGAAAAUAACCAAACAGCCCUAACCACUUGCUUAUGUUUAGGAGCCCUAACCACCCUCUUCACCGCUACCUGCGCCCUAACACAAAAUGACAUCAAAAAAAUUGUUGCAUUCUCUACAUCCAGCCAACUAGGACUUAUAAUAGUUACCAUCGGACUUAAUCAACCACAACUAGCUUUUCUUCACAUCUGCACUCACGCAUUCUUUAAAGCUAUACUUUUCCUAUGCUCAGGCUCAAUUAUCCACAGUUUAAAUGACGAACAAGAUAUCCGAAAAAUAGGAGGUAUACACAACCUCACUCCAUUUACUUCCUCUUGUCUCACAAUCGGGAGCCUAGCACUUACCGGCACCCCAUUUUUAGCAGGGUUCUUCUCCAAAGAUGCUAUUAUUGAAGCUUUAAACACCUCCCACCUCAACGCCUGAGCCCUUACUCUUACCUUACUAGCCACCUCAUUCACUGCCAUUUAUAGCCUCCGAGUUAUCUUUUUCGUCUCUAUAGGACACCCCCGCUUUACACCCAUAACCCCUAUUAAUGAAAACAAUUCAUCCGUAAUUAACCCAAUUAAACGACUAGCCUGAGGAAGUAUCGUUGCAGGACUUCUGAUUACCUCGAACUUCCUCCCCUCUAAUACACCCGUAAUAACUAUGCCCACCCACUUGAAAUUAGCCGCCCUACUAGUUACCAUCCUGGGGCUUAUCAUUGCAUUAGAACUUGCAUCACUAACUAGCAAACAAUUUAAAACCACACCCAACCUCAUUACACACAACUUCUCCAACAUAUUAGGGUUCUUCCCCGCCAUCAUUCACCGACUGGCCCCAAAACUAAACUUAACUUUAGGACAAGCCAUUGCUAGCCAAAUGGUAGAUCAGACAUGAUUUGAAAAAGUAGGUCCAAAAGGAGUUAUUUCUACUCACUUGCCCAUAGUCACUACAACAAGUAAUAUUCAACAAGGCAUAAUUAAAACAUACCUCACCCUAUUUUUCCUUUCAACAACCCUAGCUGUCCUACUAACAUUGACCUAA